AUGGAACACAUUUUUAUAACAAAUACAGUCGAUGAAGUCCUUGCGAAUUAUAAGACCGUUUUUUAUUCGAAAAGUAAUUUGGCACUUUCGUGUAUUCAAAUGUGCUUUUUAACAAACGAAAUCGUCACUAAACAGUUUCUUGAUAAAACAGAAGAACUCUUUUUAAAGAAGUGCACUGAUCAUAUCAAUGAAGCGCUUACAACUAAUUUGGAUAUUUUAAAUAACUCAGACGCUAUUUCUAAUCUUCUUUUAAAAUUGUAUGAAUCUAUGGAAGAUUUAAUUGUGAAUGGAUUUUUAUCGGACUGGCGGUUCAAGAAAGUGUUGAACGAGACUUUAAAGAAUAUAUUGAUGAACAACGAGUUGUUAAAUUUAGUCGGGGACGACUAUGGGAAGUACGACUUGUUUCCCAAGUGUCUUGGGAAGUACACAAACACGGUGUUAUUAACUUCUGAUUUCGACUCGUUAGUGAAACAAAGUAAAGAAAUAGCCGAUAUCGUUUCUAUGAUCCACAACGAAGACGCCUUUCUCUUGUGUUACACCGACCUUUUGAAGGAAAGAAUUGUGAUGAAGAAGUCGAAAGAAUUGUAUGAGAGAAAGAUGGUGGAAUACUUGAAAGAAGGCAUCAGUGGAAUAGAAACCAAAUUCAAUGGUUUAUUCUCCGCCACUCAAAAUCGUGAGAUUCAAAACUCUUAUGAGGAGUUCUGUGAUACACACGAGACGGAGAAACCAAAAGUCCAACUUGAAGUCACCUUAUUUGAGAAGACACGAGAAGUCCCAGAGGUGUACGAGAUCCCAAAAAGUCUUGCAGUUGCCUUCGACUUUUACACCAAAUUUUACACUGAGAAAUUUGAAACAAAGAAAAUUAUGUUCCAGUACACUUGCUCGCAGUGCGUCGUCUUAUUUAAACCAAAACAAUCGCCGAGUAAAAAAGAAUAUAUUAUGACUACUACCUUCGACCAAAUGCUCAUUUUGUUCUUGUUUAACACAGAAAGUAAAUUGAAGAUCAAAGAAAUUGCUGAAAGGGUCGAUCUCAGUCUGGAACGAACUGCAAUUGCACUCAGCGGAUUAAUUAAACAACAUGUGAUGAGGAAAAACGUCAAUUUUAAGGACUUGGAAGAAAACUGCGACGUCAUUUUAUAUAAGAAAUUCGACGGAGAAAAAAGAACGUUUAACACACAGGAACCACACGAAAAGCUCAAGGUGGCUAUUGAACUGAAAAAGAAAAGCGAAGAGGACAAAAUGCUCGAAGAUGAACGAGCUCAAGUCAUUCAAGCAAGGCUCGUCGUUAUUAUGAAGUUCAAAAGAGUCUUGAAAUUCUCACAAUUGAUUGCAGAAACUACUCAGGCACUUAUUAAUAAAUUUCCAAAAAUACAAAUCGCGUUUGUCAAGAAACAGAUUGAAAAAUUGAUAAUAGAAGGUUAUAUGAAAAGGUCGGAGGACGACCCUUCUACUCUUGAAUACGUCGCAUAA